UCCCCGCAAGUGAUUAACAUCAUCAGCCUCCCGCUUUAAAUAAGAGCUGUACAUCCCCCAUCUGCUCACACUUCUCCCGCUCUCUCCUGCUCUCUCUCCAGUUGUGGUCUUCAGCCAGAGCAGAAAACACAGCAUUCCUUCUACCAUGGCAGCCAGCUUCUCAUCUCGCUCCAGGACCUCCUACGGCGGCUCCAUGUCAGGAGGCUCUUUGAUGGCUGGAAUGGGAUACGGAGGAAUGUCCAUGGGUGGGAGGGCUGCCAGUGUCUACGGUGAAGCUGGGGGCUCCAGGGUGCGUGUCUCCUCCUCCUCCAGGUCCUUCUCGUCGGGUGGUGGCGGUUCUGCGUUCGGCAUGGGUGGAGGAUACUCGGGCAGCUUCAACGCCUCCGCGAUGGACGACUGCGUCAUGGGCAAUGAGAAGUUCACCAUGCAGAACCUCAACGACCGCCUGGCUACCUACCUGGUCAAGGUGCGCAGCCUGGAGUCGGCCAACGCUAGCCUGGAGGUGAAGAUCCGCCAGUUCCUGGAGAGCAAGAACGGGCCCGUCACCAAGGACCACAAUGCUUUCUUCGCCACCAUCGCUGAGUUGUUGGGCAAGAUCAGAGCUGCCAGCUUGGCCAAUGGUUCUGUCCAUCUCAGCAUCGACAAUGCCAGGCUAGCUGCAGAGGACUUCAAAAUGAAGUAUGAAAACGAGCUGAAUAUGCGCAUGUCGGUGGAGGCGGAUAUUGCCGGUCUGAGGAGGGUCUUGGAUGAGUUGAGCAUGGCCAAGACUGACCUGACCAUGCAAGUGGAGGGCCUGAACGAGGAGCUCCUAUACCUGCAGCGCAACCACAAGGAGGAGCUCAUCGUGGCGCGCGCCCACAUGGGGGGACAGGUACACGUUGAGGUGGACGCUGCGCCCCAGGAGGACCUCAGCAAGGUCCUGGCUGAGGUCAGGGAGCACUACGAGGCCAUGAACGCCAAGAGCCGCAAGGAGCUGGAGGCAUGGUUCCACACCAAGACAGAGACGCUGAACAAGGAGGUGAUCACGCAGACCACCGUCCUGGAGUCCUCCAGGUCUGAGAUCACAGAGGUGAAGCGCACCCUUCAGUCGCUGCAGAUCGAGCUGCAGGCCGUGAUGGGCAUGAAAUCUUCUUUGGAGAGCAAUCUGGCGGAGAUCCAGGGCCGCUACAGCAUGCAGCUCUCUGGCUUCCAGUUCCAGGUGACCAGCCUGGAGGAGCAGCUGAUGGGACUCAGAGCUGACCUCGAGCGCCAGGGACAGGAGUACCAGAUGCUGCUGGACAUCAAGACCAGACUGGAGAUGGAGAUCGCUGAGUACAGGAGGCUUCUGGACGGAGAGGGCAGCAGCAUGAGCAGUAGAACCUCCUCUUCCUCGGUAACCAGCCGAACCAAGACGGUGGUGGUGGAAGAAAUGGUGGUGGAUGGAAAGGUGGUGUCAUCCACAAGCUCAUCAUCCAGCUCCCGCGGCCUGGUCCGCUGACGAGAUCCCCGCGUCAUGUUUUUCAAGAGCCCCACCCAAUAAAGCAUAAGAACCUCUUCAUCCUCAUCUUCAAACCACCUAUCCAGGGUCUGGUCUCAAAUAAAAUUUGAAUCCAAACUACAAUCACCAUGUGUGUG